GGAAAGCUGAGCGCUUCAAACAGAGGCGCUCCGGGCAAACCUGGGCAGAAGCGAGUUUGGCUCACAAAGCUGACGCACUGAAGGAACUACUGCGCACGAAUCAAAAUGAAGAGGAAUCACGAUUUUAGCUCCUCGGACAGCGAGCUGGAUGAAACUAUUGAAGUGGAGAAGGAGAGCGCAGAUGAGAAUGGGAAUAUGAGCUCCCCUCUCGGCUCCAUGUCUCCCUCAACAUCCACCCAGGUGCAGGCGAGGAAAAGGCGUCGAGGAAUUAUUGAGAAGCGACGCCGUGACAGAAUCAAUAACAGCCUCAGCGAGCUCCGCAGGCUGGUUCCCAGCGCCUACGAGAAACAAGGUUCAGCCAAGCUGGAGAAAGCAGAGAUUUUGCAGAUGACUGUUGAUCAUCUGAAGAUGCUUCAUGCUGCUGGAGGCAAAGGUUACUUUGACGCCCACGCCCUCGCGAUGGACUACCGUGGUUUGGGUUUCAGGGAGUGCCUGGCUGAGACGGCUCGUUAUCUGAGCAUAAUCGAAGGCUUGGACAGCGCAGACCCUCUGCGGAUCCGUCUAGUCUCUCACCUCAACAACUACGCCAGUCAGCGUGAGGCUCACUCCGGCCUGAGUCACCUGGCGUGGGGUUCUGCUUUCGGAUCCCCCGCUGCCCACCUCACACACCCCCUCCUCCUCCAGCACCAACAGGGUGCACCGCUGGCGCCUCUACCCCGCAGCACCACCAGCAGCCCACAAACUCCUCUGUCAUCCACCUCCAAUUCAUCGCCGUCCUCCUCCUCGCCGUCAUCCUCCGCGCUGGUUGCAGAGACUCACAUCCCGGGCAGGCGCAGCGGCAGCGUCACCCCACACUCCGAUCAAGGUCCGAUCAGGAUUCCCUCCACCACUGCCGCUCCCACCACCGUCCUGCAUCCUGCUCUGGUCCCCUCGUCGGCCUCCAAGCUCUCCCCUCCACUCCUCUCCUCUCUCUCGGCGUUCCCCUUCACCUUCAGCACCUUCCCCCUCAUCUCACCCACUACUGCCAUCAGCCCCCCGACCCAGAACUCCGGCGUGGCCAAACCCUACAGACCCUGGGGUAUGGAGAUAGGAGCUUUCUGACUAAAAUGAAAACUCAAUCUGCGUACAGACUCGACUCACUUCCCAGCUGAGCUGGACUCAAGGACUCAAAUUCUUUAUUUUCCUGCUAAGAAAGUGCUAUUUUUUUCUAUGAUGGUGAUGAUGAUGAUGAUGACAUCCCACAGAGGAUAUACCUAGUUAUAGUUGUUUGUUUUUUUUAAUCAUCUGUAAUGGGUUUUUUUUUGUUGUUGUUGUUCUUUGUAUAGAAGAGAAGAAAAAAUCAGUGACGAGGGAGACCGUGACUAAAAAGCAACAAGUGUGAUUUACUAUGUUGAUUGAUCUCUGUUCCUGCCCACCCCUUUUAGAAGUUUCACCCACUGUAGUCAGUCUAUCAGGAAUGGCUUUUCCAGAUGGUCAAGCAGCCUGUCGAGUUCCUGGGUGAAAGGGGGGGGGGACACUUUCACCCUGGAACUCGGGUGUUGGUACCACAGUUACAGGGGAUUGAGAGUCACCCCCUAUUUACAACAUUUUAUGGGGUGGAAUAACCAAAACCAGGUGCUCGUCUGACUGAUAGUGGGAGCAGAUGUCAGCUACCAGCUUGGUUAAAACAAAGCUAAAUGUGAUUUACCCACAGCCUCCAGUGUUCAUGUAAAGCGUUGUUAUUUAAACUCGCUUCCCUCAACUUAAACUUCCUCUCUACAGUAAAUCCUGUCCUUAACAAUCAACUGAUUAACAGCUUUUUAACAGCUAUAGCAAAGUUCCUGCUUCUUCCUAAUGUAAAAGAUGUUAGGCUGUUUUUUUUCUUCUUAUCACCUAGUCUCAAAAGUUUUUUUGCAUCAGCGUUUAGAGUCAGAAGUUACCAACAGGAAGCUCAUCUCCGUCUGUAAGAACAGUUGUAGUAAAUAAAAAGUAAAUAACAUCAUUACAUUUCCAAAGCCUGUAGACAGAUUUCUAAAUGCAAUUGCUUUAUUUCCAGGUGAUGUUUUGGUGUCUCCUAGCAAACCUCACUGUGACUGUGUGCAUUUCAUGGUUGUACAAAACACAAGCAAGCGCUGACAAAUCAGAUUUGCCUGCUUUUCAAAGGUCUUGCUGGUGGUAACGACAAGUUCCUUGCAAUAAAAAAAGAGUUCUGAUAAAUCA